AUGAGGUUCAAUCCCCCCACACUGUACCAAAGGAGGUUCAAUAACCCCCACACCAUACCAGAGGAGGUUCAAUACCCCCACACCAUACCAGAGGCGGUUCAAUCCCCCCACACCGUACGAGAGGAGGUUCAAUCCCCCCACACUGUACCAGAGGAGGUUCAAUCCCCCCACACCAUACCAGAGGCGGUUCAAUCCCCCCACACCGUACGAGAGGAGAUUCAAUCCCCCCACACUGUACCAGAGGAGGUUCAAUCCCCCCACACCAUACCAGAGGAGGCUCAAUCCCCCCACACCAGGAGGUUCAAUCCCCUCCACACCGUACCAGAGGAGGAUCAAUCCCCCCACACUGUACCAGAGGAGGAUCAAUCCCCCCACACUGUACCAGAGGAGGAUCAAUCCCCCCACACCAUACUAGAGGAGAUUCAAUCCCCCCACACCGUACCAGAGGAGGUUCAAUCCCCCCACACUGUACCAGAGGAGGUUCAAUCCCCCCACACCAUACCAGAGGCGGUUCAAUCCCCCCACACCGUACGAGAGGAGGUUCAAUCCCCCCACACUGUACCAGAGGAGGUUCAAUCCCCCCACACCAUACCAGAGGAGGCUCAAUCCCCCCACACCGUACCAGAGGAGGUUCAAUACCGCCACACCAUACCAGAGGAGGUUCAAUCCCCCCACACCAUACCAGAGGAGGUUCAAUCCCCCCACACCGUACCAGAGGAGGUUCAAUCCCCCCACACCGUACCAGAGGAGGUUCAAUACCCUCACACCGUACCAGAGGUUCAAUCCCCCCCACACUGUACCAGAGGAGGUUCAAUCCCCCCACACCGUACCAGAGGAGGUUCAAUCCCCCCCAUUUGGUUUUAA